UUAAUAAAAAUUCGGCUUGUAUUUACUCGCUAUACGUGCAUAAAUAUUAGCCUUAUAUAUACAAUCAUAUAUACGACUGUUAUAAAAUUAUCGACAAUGAUUUGGCUGAUCCGCAGCGCUGUCCUCCUCGUCCUGUCCGUCACCGCUCAUGCCAACGGCAAAGGUAAAACCAACAAGCCGGUGUAUUUGGAUUUAAGCGUGCCGUAUUAUUUCCUGAGCAGCGGCGCGCAGCCGACACCACCGCCGCCGGCGCCGACAACGCAGCGGCCGCUUAACCGCAUUUCGACCAGUCUCCCUCCGACCACCAUUGCGCCGGUGAAUAUCCCCGACGGCGAGCGCGAACCGGCGGAGGAGACGCCGACGUACCAGUGCUUCUACCAGCGCGAUUUAACCGCCUACUGCCAGAAGAUGGAGCGGUGCCGCGGCGUCCAACGCAGCCAGUUGCCGCUGCCGGGGAAUCGUACCUACACCGGCUACGCCUGUCCCGCCGCGCCCCUCACCCGCCUCAAGUACCACGUCAAGAGCGGCAUCGCGUCGCGCGGUUUCGCCGGGCUCUUGUCGAAACCGGCCGCCGGCUCCGCGGAGCUGUUGUUCGUCUGCCACUUCUUCGCGCAUUCUACGCCGGGGGAGCAGUCCUUCAGCUGCGCCCCGCCCAUCGACUGCCGCACCCCGGGACUGCACGGGACGUCCUGCUCCGCCGGCGCGCCGUGGUUCGGCGUGUGGACCGGUGAUUUGCAAUUAGGUUUGUGGGGCGUGGUCACCAGUGAGGCCCUGGAGAACGCGUAAACGUGCGCCGAAUCCGCGUUUCGGUUCCGGUCGGUCGCAUCACCGGGGAAUUUUGUACGCCAGCGGGCAGUCAUUUUCUAAGUGGCGUCUGUGGCAGACUACCAACUGUGAUCUAACAUUUAAUUACACUUAAAUGUCGCCAGCCUGUACAGUGCUUAAGGCUUCUGUAUUUUUGCCUUUAAAUCGCUUUGCGGAUGUGAUAUUUCAUCGCCGGUAUUUCAGCUUACAACGAAGCUGAAAUACAACGACAAUAAA